UGUGCUCUUUGGUGGAGCUCGAUGCUCAAUCCGGUCUGUUUCUGGUACAGUCUUGUUCGGUGUAAAUAGCAACUUUUGAAGCAGAAACACCCACAUCAAUUUAUUGAUAAAAAUCAAAAGUCUUGAACACUUACAUUACUUUUUUCAAAGAUCUCGGCCCAAGGAACAAAUUAAGAAGAAUUUGUCAGCCAAAUACAUACACAUUAAUGAUGGGUCAAGGAAAUAGUCAGUUUUCUGACGAGGAACUUCAAGAUUACCAGGAUCUCACCUACUUCACUAAAAAGGAAGUUUUGAAAGCUCACCAGAAAUUCAAAGCGCUUGCACCGGAAAAAGUCGGUCACAAUCGAAAUGCAAAACUCCCGAUGUCGAAAAUAAUGACUUGCACAGAGCUGCGAGUAAAUCCAUUUAACGACAGAAUAUGCAAAGUGUUUAGCUCCAGCAGAGAUGGGGACUGCACCUUUGAAGAUUUUCUGGACAUGAUGUCCGUCUUCAGUGAAGCAGCGCCUCUCACCGUCAAAGCAGAAUAUGCUUUUCGCAUUUUUGAUUUUGAUGGAGACGAUAUGUUGGGAGUGGAUGAUCUUCAGCGAGUAAUCGAAAGGUUGACGGGGCCUCAGCAUCUCUCGGACAUUGACACAAAACAGUUGAUUCAAAACCUUUUGGAGGAGGCUGAUUUGGAUGAUGAUGGCUCUCUUUCCUAUGCAGAGUUUGAGCACAUCAUCUCUAAAAGUCCCGACUUCACCAGCACUUUCAGGAUUCGAUUGUAGGAGGUAGCGAAUCUCCUAAUUAAUUUGUGAUUGAUAUUAUUUACAAGACUUCGGACCAUCAUUUUUCAUGCGCUCAACAUUGUGCGUACAACGUCUAGUCUACAAUUGAUAAAUUAUGUUUCAUAGUGGUUUUUUAAUUUUUCCUGAGGUUAAAUUAAAAAUUAAUAUUUGAUCAAUAAUUUGCUGGCAGGCCAAAUCAGCCACGGGAAUAAGAUCAAAUUAUUUUCUCUAAAACUUGGAGUAAGAUGAAGAUUUUUAUGUUCGACGGAUUCUGAUAAAAUAUUUUGGUAUGUUUAAGUCAUCACAAAAAUUAUUGUUAUGUUAUGCGCCAUAAACAUCUACUUUUUAAUUGUGAUGCAUUUUUUUCUUUAGCUUAGAGGUAUUAAUGAAGUCAAUGAAGAAGCAGAUUAAGUUUAAAAAAAUUUGUGUAUUUUAUCCCUGCCAAAAAUACAAAGUAAUACCUCAUGCUAAUUUUAUUAUAAAUUGGUUCUCCCAAAUGCCGAAAAGCAUUCGUUUUAACACGCAUCACUUUAAUUUAUACAACAAAGUCAAAAAUUAUUUUCUUUAUAAUAUUAUAAUGAAGGUGACAAUGCUAGAAACAACUGCAAAAUUAGCAUAAUAUAUGUGAGAAUUAGUUAAAUUCACUUUUUAAUUUUUUUUUUAUAAAUUAUGAUAAAUCACUUCCUCAUUUCUUCAAUAUUAUUGAUAUUGUAUUGUUAACUGAUGUUAUAUGUAUUACAUAUAUUUAAGGCAAAAAUAAAAUUUAAAAAAAAC